CACAACCCUACCCCCACCCCACCCCCGGGAUACAAGCCCAGCAUCCCUGCAGCAACCAAUGCAAAUCAUGCAAGCCGAUCGCCCCACCCCUCCAUCUUUAGCACACCCCCAAUCCAGAUCGGCCCAUACUACCCACCGCAUUAAACUUCACAACAACAGCGCCACACCCAAGACCCCAGUACCAGCUGUAAGACACGGCGGCGCACAAAGACCGUCAGGGAGUGUAGCCGUGUAGCCAUGUGGGCACGGUACGGAGCUUUCCGAUCGGGAACCCAACCUAAGGGUCGUAUGAUCGACCACCCACCCCGGAAUAGUUCUCCGGGUGGAUGCGGAAGGGUCGGUGGGUCUGUGGCUUGUGCGAG